UUGCACACAAGUCACAUUUUUAUUUAGCACAUCUGAAAAUUGACCUAUAAUACCUUCUCGAGGAGGCUAUAUCCCUACAUUGCCAAUUAUCUCGUCCAGUCGUUGCUGCUGUUGCUCCUAUAUUACGGUUUCUUGCAUCAUUAUUUUGAAAUUUGAAUAUGAACCCAGAUGCUCUGAAUUGCUUUCACCCAACUCUGCUCCACAGUGUUACCAAAGACCUUGGCUAAUCCGAGGGAAAUUCUCGGUUUAGGACUUGAGGCAACUGCAACUGCCCAAUCAAUUUGAAGUACUCAAUACAUAAGGCCUUUGUGUUUUGCUACCAGCUGCCUGUAUCCGAAUGUCCAUUACUGCAGUUAAAUUUUCUUCUGAAGCUUCUGUGAUUCUUUGACAAUUCCAUUGGAUGCAUCUGCAGAUGGUGAUACUUCCAAGCUACAACAUGAGCAGAAGAAGAGAGAUGUAUUUCUGAAAGAUGGAAUACCAUUCUGGAUUGCAGCUUCUGGAUAUAUAGUUUUGGCUUCUAUAUCUACAGCCACAAUGCCAAAUAUCUUCCCUCCACUCAAGUGGUAUCUUGUCCUUUUAAUCUAUAUAUUUGCCCCUGCCCUCGCCUUCUGCAAUUCCUAUGGUACAGGACUCACAGACUGGAGUUUGGCCUCAACUUACGGAAAGAUCGGUCUUUUCACAAUCGCUUCAUUGGUUGGAAGUGAGGGUGGGGUUAUAGCCGCUCUAGCUGGUUGUGGGGUGAUGAUGUCCAUAGUCUCUACAGCUGCUGAUUUAAUGCAAGAUUUCAAGACUGGUUACCUCACCCUCUCAUCAGCUAAAUCAAUGUUCAUCAGUCAGGUAGUGGGCACAGCAAUGGGAUGUGUCAUUGCUCCACUCACAUUCUUCAUGUUUUGGAACGCGUUCGACAUUGGCUCCCCAGGCAGUCCGUACAAAGCCCCAUAUGCUAUCAUAUUCAGAGAAAUGGCCAUUCUCGGGGUUCAGGGCUUCUCUGAACUCCCUAAACAUUGUAUGGCUAUGUGCUGUGGAUUCUUUGUGGCAGCUGUGGCCAUAAACCUAGCAAGGGAUCUGGCCCCGCCGAAGGUCUCACACUUCAUUCCCAUUCCAAUGGCAAUGGCAGUCCCAUUCUAUGUUGGAGCUUAUUUUGGGAUCGACAUGUUCGUUGGGACUGUGAUCUUGUUCGUGUGGGAGAGGAUAAACAGGAAGGAUGCUGAUGAUUAUGCUGCCGCUGUUGCUUCAGGUUUGAUAUGUGGUGAUGGGAUCUGGACUAUUCCGUCUGCCGUUCUCUCCAUUUUCAAGAUCAACCCGCCCAUCUGCAUGUAUUUUGGGCCUUCUCUGGCUACCUGAUGAUCCUAAUAUGAAUCAGGUAAAAAAAUGAAAGUCCCCUCCUUCAGACAAUUGUAGCUUGUAUAUGUACCUGUAACCCAUGUCUGUUGUAAAAUUUAAUUUUAUUUUGGGUAAAUUAUCUAAAUAUUUCUUUAUAACUAAUGGUUUUUUCAUAUUUAGUUCAUACUUAUCAAAUACUCCGUAUUAUGUUAAUAGUCCGUAUUAAUUGAGUACCAUUCCAUGUUCUGUCUUUCCUCUACUUUCCCGUCUUAGUGCCGUUAGACAAGGACUA